AAAAAAAACUCUAUUUUUCAGGACCAAUAACAUGAGUGGAAGGACAGCCAACUGGCCAGAAGCUUAACUCCAGUGGAGAAGUAUUGAGGCCUCUCCAGUAUUCUACCGCACCUACCUGUUGAGGCAACGUUCCGAUGAGUUCCCGGAGCCAAAGCUUCUUCCACCGGACCCCACCAGGUCCCUCUUCCAAGCCCCGGCUGGUAACUGGGGGAGUCCUGGGUGGGAUCGCUCAAAUUACCCCAUGCCUCUACCUCUGCAGUGGCAACGCAGCCACCAAUCGCAACCUGGUCCUGUCGAAGGGCAUUACCUGCAUCAUUAAUGCAACCAUGGAGAUCCCCAAUGCCAACUGGCCUGAGGUGGAGUACGUCAAAGUGCCUGUCGCUGACCUGCCGCAUGCCCCCAUCUCUCUGUAUUUUGACAGCAUCGCCGAUAAAAUCCACAGCGUCAGUAAAAAGCAUGGCUCGGCUUUGGUCCAUUGUGUUGCGGGCGUGAGCAGAUCAGCCUCCCUCUGCAUUGCCUACCUGAUGAAGUUCCAUAAGAUCUCCCUCCUUGAGGCUCAUAACUGGGUCAAAUCUCGUCGCCCCAUCAUCCGGCCCAACGUGGGCUUCUGGAGGCAACUGAUAGAAUACGAACGGAAACUAUUUGGCAAGAACAGUGUUAAAAUGGUGCAGUCUCCUAUCGGGGUAAUCCCUGACAUUUAUGAAAAGGAAACCAGGAACCUAACUCCUUUUUGGGGCAUUUAACACAAUUUGAGGGACUAAUCUGUACCGCUGUUUUCAAAAACAAAAGGAUUUAAAGGCUCCCAAAGGAUAAUAAAUCUGAUGGAAAAUAUUAACGUGUAGACACCGCUAAAUCCACUGUAAAUGGAUUGAACGUCAAUUGUUCUGUAUCCCACAAGGCCCUCAGAUAAACCAGUGAUUCAGAAUACUGUAAAUCCAUUAAAAGUUGCUGGGCUUUCUACAGCUUUUAAUAGUGGAAUUAAUUUCUUUGUAUUUAUUUUUAAAUAUAGAUGUAUUUCUAAAAUUUAAUUCUAAUUAUUUUGUCUUUAAUGUUUUUAUCAGAGUCCUUUCAGUGGGACACACAGGCAGAUAUUAACAUUUCUGAUAUUGAAGUGGACAGGACUUUGGAAUGGAGAGAGUUUUGCUUGGUUUGUGGAUUAUUGUACAAACUUCAAACAGUCUCCGAAUCUCUCCUCCUCCCACUGUAAGCUGCUGCUAUGAACUUGGGACGAUCACAGUGAAAGUUCAUUUGAACAAGAAGUAAACUGUAGAUCUAAUGAUCCGAUUUGCACUGCUGCGUUAUUGUUGCGUCAUGUGUACUACCUUUUAUGAGAUCUACCUGAAAGAUGAGUUGAAACCAGCAGAGAGUGCUUGCCUGUUUAAAUAUCAUGUGUGGUCUGAGUAUAGUCAGUGAAACAUAAAAUGCGCUGCUGUUUUGCGUUGUGAUUCUACAAGAGAAUUGAGCCCUCAUUCUAUAACAGGGACUCACGAAAGAUUGGUUUAAUUUGUGGAUCUAUUGCAGUUGAGAGAGAUUAUUUGCUUAUGCAGUAAGUGCUUAGAUAUUUCACAGUGGUGUACAUUUCUCAUGGGGCUUUUUUUUUAAAUUCCGGGUGUUCACUCUUCCACAUGCCAGCACAGUUUCUGUUGGUGAGGUCAACCUCACUAUACUGUAAUGUGCACAUUUUCUCCUCCCCUUUACCCUGUGAGCAACUUUUGAUUGUAUUUCUGGGCAGCUGUAGAUCACUCAGACCAGUGUGGGACUUGUAGAAACUUUUGUCUUUUUAAGCACAUUGUCUAAAUGAUGUAUUGAAUGGUCUAUGCUUGAGAGUGUCUGUAAAGCUGAACAAAGGUAAUCCAGGCAGUGUGAGAACACUAAAUGAAAUUUAAAUUUAUCUGCAGAACUGCUUGUAAUUCCUUUUUUCUUUGAUGAAAAUUGCGAUGUAGGAAGAGGUCUAUCAAUAAUGUACAACUUUAAAAAAAAAAAUAAACUUUUUUUUGUAUAAAGUA